AUGACAACGUCACGGACAUCAAUGGUUAAUAUUCAUUGUCCUCCAUCAUCAACUCAUGGAUGGCAAGUUGAAAGUGGUUAUUAUUCAGAUUCAUACAAUAACUCCUCCUCUUCAAUGUCAAAUACAAAACAACAAACAUCAAUACAAUAUGGUGUUCAUCCAACAUCGUCAUCCUGUUGUACAUCUUUCAUACCUCCGCCACUAUCAACAAAUUUAUUUCACAGAUCAUCAUGUCAUAAACGACAUCAUCAAACUACUAAAGACAUUAUUUUAUGUUCAUGUGCCCAUCAUCCAUAUCUUCAACAUAAAAUAAAUGGUAACAAUAAUCCGAAUGUUACAACGAAUGCCGCACUUUUAUGUACAAUUGAUCGAUGUAUGCAUUCUAAUACAAAUAUGAAACCUAUAUCUGAACAUCAUAUUGAACACUCAACUUCUUCAUUAGAUGAUUCAAAUACAUCACCACCAAUAACAAGCAAUGAUGAUGACGAAUCAGGUUAG